AUACUGUACAAAAUGUUAGGUUAUCUUUUUCGUUUUAGUGCGUGUAUUUAUUAUAUUAAAUAAAGUAGGGUUGUUUCAUAAAGUACGUCUUCUGUGUUAAUUUUUCUUAAACACAGCAGCAAAGAGCCGUAUUUUCCAAAGUAACAAGAUGGAUGAACAGGUGUGUCCUCGAUGUAAAACUACGAAAUAUAGAAACCCAUCAUUGAAACUUAUGGUGAACAUUUGUGGCCAUGCACUGUGUGAAAGUUGUGUGGAUCUACUAUUCCUUAAAGGAUCAGGAUCAUGCCCUGAAUGCAAUGUACCACUGCGGCGAAGCAAUUUUCGAGUUCAACUCUUUGAGGACUCCAUGGUUGAAAAGGAGGUUGACAUACGAAAAAGGGUUCUAAGAGAUUUUAACAAGAAAGAAGAGGAUUUCAGUACAUUGCGAGAGUAUAAUGACUAUUUGGAAGAAGUAGAAACUAUCAUACUCAACUUAACUAAUAAUGUGGAUGUCAUUACAACCAAUAAGAAGAUAGAGCAGUACAAAAAAGAAAACAAAGACGUGAUUUUAAAAAAUAAAUCUAAAAUAGGAAGAGAAGAAAUGGAAUUGGAGGAACUCCUUGAAGAAGAAAAACAACAAGGAGAAGUAAGAAAGAAAGAAUUAGUGAAACUUGAACAGGAAGAAAAGAAGAAGAAAAUAAGAGAAAAAGAAGCCCUCAUUGAUGAGUUAAUGUUUUCUAAUGCAGAUGCAAAAAAUAUUUUGGAAACAUUUGCAAAUAAUGUACAAGCAGCAAAGGAAGAGGUGAAGCAGGUUCCUGUUGUUAAGGCAACUCAUUUCUCUACAGGCAUAAAGUUUGGUCACCAGAGACAACAGAGUUUCUUAUCAGUACCCAAAAUUGAGGAAGGACCUUUAUACAUGUAUGAAGCUCCAAGACAACCAACAGAUGGCCCUCUACCACCUACUUGGUCAGAUCUGGAAGUGAAGGGCUAUGUAAACCACGUGGAGCAUGAAAAAGAUGAGCACCGAGCCGGGGGAUACAGAGCUAAUAUUUCUUGCCUUCGAGCCCUGCAAGAAGCUUUAGCAGGGCUGUAUCAUGUAUCAGAUCGAACAGACCUUGCUAGUUGAUUGAUUGUUGUUAGGUCACAGAACAGUAUUAUAUGUGAGUUUGAUUUCAUUGUUUUGGUUCACAUGUGUGAUAUACGAAAGACAUGAAUGGUACAGAUAACAAAUUUCUGCCAUGUGCAGGAAUGAAGAUUCUCAUGUAUUUUUGUUCUUUCUAAUGUAAAUAUUACACUUAUGCUGACUGCAUUUGUUGGCAUAAUAGAGAAUUUUGCAAUCUGGAUGUACAGUAGUAUACUCUAUUUAAGUUGUACUUAAGUAUGUGAGAUUUGAGGUUCUUAUGUCACUGAAGAUGUUGGUGUUCUGAUCGUCCACCUCUGUCACUUUCACACAACAGGUUGCCCGGCUGAUUAGGAUGGGUGUUAAUUUAUGUCUCAGAGUUAAUUUGGUUAAUUAAUUGGAUAGGUAGCUCAAGUGAGAUGAAUCUUAUCCCAGGGAUUAUACACGAGGUGCUGUGAAGGAAUGAUGAUGAUGAUCCUCUCACAUAAUUACAAUUAUGUACACUUCACUAGGUUGUGAAAGUUUAUAAUAAUUGUUGGUCAACAUGUUGCCACUAGAAGCACUAUGUGAUCUAAUUGGCUGCUUUCAGUUAAUUAUAUUCAAAAUGUUGGGAUAAUUUAGAGUGUGCAGAGAAUAUUCACAAUGCUUGUUAGUUCAUGAAUCUAAAUCUAAAUGGGCAUCUUUGUUAACGUUGUAGAUAUAAAUUUAAACACGGUUUAGGUUGAGAGCAUCACCAGAACAUGAUUUCACUCACUAAAAUAUAUAGCUGAAGUGUAUUGAGACCACACUUCCACUUGUAUAUGAAGUGGCUUUAAAACUUCCAUUGGCAGAUUCAUCAUCAGAAGCCUAUUGCAGUCAUUGGUUGGUCAUGAUGAAAUAAAACCCACUUUCCCUAUCAUAAAAAUGGCACCUGCAAACAGUAAAAGAUUGUGGUAAUAACAGCAUUUGUUUACUGAAAUGUUUGUUAUUUUGAUCACACACGAAGGUGCUGUAAGUCAGAGAGUAGAAGCCUGAUCUCUCAACAGCUCGUAAAUGUUACACAUGUGUAAUGAAUGUCUUAUGUAGUAUCAAUUAUAAACAUUAAGAAAGGUGCUGUCCAAUACAAAAACCUACCUUAAUACCCUUCCUUAGCAUAUAAAUUGGAAGAAACACCAAAUAUCCAGUUCAUGACCAUCUUUGGGUAGCCUGUCUGGAACUGAACUCAGAACUGGCAGGCACAGUGUUGGUCUUCUGGAUAGUAAUGCCAUGUGACUUGUAGGUAGAUACCAACAUUUCAGAGGAACAUGCUAUCUCAGUUUUUAGGGCUUUACUACCCAGAACACCAACAUUGAUAUAUUUAAGUAAUUUACUGAUUGGUAGGCAAUAGAACCUGAAUAUUGAACACUGCUAAAUCCAAAUCAAGAAAAAUAUAGAGGUCACAGAUUA